AUGCGUUUCCGCGUUGUGCUGCUCUCCUUAUAUAACGGCAUAUCCCUUGCUAGGCUUACCAACCGCGCAUCCGAGACUGCGACCGUGACUUUGCCAUCGGUGACAAUACUCGGCACCGUGAAAGAUAAUGUCGAAAGUUUCAACGGAAUCCCGUACGCAGAGCCACCGACUGGACCACGAAGACUUAAACCGCCUCAACGCCUGAACAGAUCACUUGGCGUAUUCGAUGCGACCGGGGCUGCGGCAGCCUGUCCACAACUAAUCCCUUCGACGGAUAGCAAGGAUUUCCUACAAAACAUCCUUGGUACAAUCGCAAACAUUCCCUUUGUGAAUAAUGCGACCGGUCAGUCGGAGGAUUGCUUGACCAUUACGGUGACGCGCCCUGCGGGCACCGCUACAGACGCGAAGCUCCCGGUUCUUUUCUGGAUCUAUGGUGGUGGAUUCGAGCUUGGAUGGUCGUCAUCGUACGAUGGAACUAGUCUUGUCAACUAUGGUGUCAAGAUCAACAAGCCAUUUAUUUUCGUCGCAGUUAAUUACAGAGUUAACGGAUUCGGGUUCCUAGCUGGAAAGGAAAUUCUAAAGGAUGGUGCUGCCAACCUAGGCUUACUUGAUCAACGCAUGGGGUUGGAAUGGGUUGCUGACAAUGUUGAGAGGUUCGGAGGUGAUCCGGACAAAGUGACAAUAUCCGGCGAGUCUGCAGGGUCUAUCUCUGUGGUGGAUCAGAUGGUUCUCUAUGGCGGAGAUCACACCUAUAAAGGGAAGACUCUUUUCCGAGGUGGAAUCAUGGACUCUGGAAGUAUCACGCCUGCGGAAUCCGUCGAUAGUGAACGAGCUCAGGCUGUUUACGAUGGUGUCGUUGAAGCUGGUGGCUGUCAGGGCUCGUCGGAUACUCUCGAAUGUUUACGAUCUCUUGACUAUAAUACCUUCCUCAGUGCUGUAACCUCUCGCCCCGGUUUAUUCUCUUGGUCCGGAGUUGCGCUAUCCUAUCUUCCUCGGCCUGAUGGAAUGGUUCUCCCCGACAGUCCUGAUGUCCUGGUCCACGCCAAGAAAUACGCCCCUAUACCUUUCAUUAUUGGCGACCAAGAAGAUGAAGGAACUCUUUUCUCACUCUUCCAAUCAAACGUCACCAACAGCGAGGAGCUUGUCGGGUAUCUAAAGAAUGUCAUGUUUCCCCAGGCCAGUGAAGAGGAGUUAAUCUCGCUGGUCAAUACAUAUGGCUCAGGCACAUCAGCUAUCACCAAGGGAAGUCCCUUCGGCACUGGGCUUCGGAAUGAGAUAUUUCCGGGCUUCAAACAGCGAUCAGCAGUCAUUGGUGAUAUCCUGUUCACGCUGUCACGGCGUGCCUUUUUUGGAAAUGACGAGCAGUCUUCGCCCAGAAGUUAG